ACCGCCGCCGCCGCCACCGCUGACGCCGCCGCCGGUGGCCGGUGCUCCGCGGUGACGGGCCGACAGAGCCGCUUCGGCCGCCGGCGAGUGAGGUGUUGCGCUGUGCGGUGGGACUGUGUGGGCUGCGGCGCGAGGCAAACAAAGACAGUGAGGAGGCCACCGGAUAAACAGACGAGAGGAGAGGGACAGAGGAGGAAGGCGCUGCCCUCCGGAGCGCCUACAACUGUGCGAUGGGCCAGAAGAGCAGCUCGCCUGCUAUGGAGCAGGGUGGCCCGGAGCGUGCCAGCACCCGCAGUCACCACCUCCGCGGAUCGCUCAGACGCCGUCUCAGGAGGAAGGACAUCAGCGCCACGUUCAACAUGCUCGGCGCCGGCUUCAGGAACGCGCCGCUGGACGUGAAUACAGCCACCGAGGAGCAGCUGGCCGCGCUGCCCGGUCUGUCAGCCCCCCUCGCCGCCAACAUCGUGGCCCACCGGGCCGCGCUCGGCGGCUUCCAGCAGCCCGAGGACUUGGCGCUGGUGAACGGAGUCGGAGCGGCGCGGCUCCACCGGAUCAGGGCGGGACUGUGCGUCGGACGACCCAACAACAGGGUACCCGGUACCUCGCAGCCGGUCAUGGAGAGCCCUGAAGGCCGAUCGGGCGCCGCGUCUCCACAGAAAAUCAACCUUAACACAGCGACCAUUUUCGACCUCAUGCAGGUCCAAUUCAUCUCCCAGGAGACAGCCGACCGGAUCCUGCAGUACCGCGACAAGAAGGGCGGCUUCCGCUCACUGCGCCAGCUGGCCAAGGUGCGCGGCGUGUCGCGGCGCAGUGCCGACGUGCUGCGCCACUAUUUCACUCUGGACGACGCCAGCGAGCACGAGAGCAGCAGCAGCGAGAAGACGUCGGUGACGGCUCCGGCCGAGGUGGGCGCCGCGCCGCCGGCGACGGGCGCCGCCGCGCCGCUGGGCCACCGGCGCACCCACUCGGUACCACUGGGUCUGGGCGCCACCGGGCCCUACCUGGAGGCGUCCGGAGACAUCUGUGAGCUGCUGGCGCUGCACUCGCCGCGACCCGUCCUCGAGGAGGUAUUCAACAGCCAGCGCGGCGGCCGGCCAGUGUUCCGACUGGCCACCUGGAACCUGGAGCGACUGUGUGCCGACAAGGCGGCCAACCCUGGUGUUCUGGAGGUGGUGUGUCGAACGAUCCUGGAGAACGGCCUCGGACUGGUGGCCGUUCAGGAGGUGUUCGACGCUGACGCACUGGGCAAGAUCUGUUCGGAGCUGAACACGCCCAGUCUGCACAAGGUGAAGAACUGGCAGGGCUGGCGUGGCGCCUGGCGAUGGAGCGUCUCACCCCCCUCCUCCGACGGACACCGCUGCGGCUUCAUCUAUGACGUCAGCAAGGGGGUCGAGCUGCGAGACCAGACUCUGGUCCCGGCGGCAGGGGUCACGGCCCCAUACGUCGGCAAGUUCAAGGUGAACAAGUUCUACUUUUCGGUGAUUACCGUACGGCUGCGCUGGCCGACCGAGCCACCAUCUACCGGCAACGAAUCGAACUCUGAGCGCAUCUCGGCGCCGCUGGAGGCCGUCGAGAAGGCCCUGGAGCAGAUGCUGAGGGCAGAGGAUGAUAUCCUGGUGAUGGGAGACUUCAGCCGAGCUCCUGACGACUCAGCGUUCGAGGUGCUCCGGAGGCACAAGUUCCACCCGGUGGUGCCGGAGGGCGUCACCACCAACGUCACCGGCAGCCCCGGCGACCCGGCCGCCAACAGGUUCUCCAACAUCUGGAUGACCGAGCACACUGAGGCCGCCUUCACCGGUCACUACUCGGUGGUCCGUACCGGCCUCUCCCACCUGGCGAUCCCCCACGGCUGGCGCUGGGGCGGCGUGGUCAGUGCCCACUGUCCCGUCUGGUGCGAGAUGUACUCCUCCCCCAGUGGCGGCGGCGGCAGCGGAGGGCUGAGCGGGGUGGCCGCCCUCCAGGCUGAGUACCGGCGCAGUGAGGAGCUGCACCGCCGAGAGAUGGCAGCACUGUCGGCCCGACCCCGGCCCCAGGUCGAGGUCAGCUGACGCGUCGGUAGAGGAGAUACGCACAGACAGUGCGGCUCGCUGGGUCUGUAGGGGCGAGCGGUGGACGCAGGGAGAAAAACUGAGUGGGGAGAGGAGAUGUAGGUAGAUACCGUAUCCAAUUGUGUACUGUUUAGUUGUAUCCAACUGCGGGGAAGCGAAGUGUCUAAUUGCGAGCGAUGUGAAGUGUGAGAGUGUGCAAUGAGAAGUGGGCUGCUGCAAUGAGAGGCAUCAUUAAGAGACGUUUAGAAUGAAUAGUGUUGCCUCGCCGUGGGGAGUGGUCGUUUUAUGAAAAUUAGGUGCGAAGAGUGCUAAUGUAACCGCGGAACUUCGACGAUGUUCAUGGUGGUACCCUCAUCCUUGGCCAUAUCUCCGGACCCAUAUUCCCUGAGCUCAGAAGGGUCUUCAAAAGAGGUGUGAUCGGAAGGUGUUGUGUCGAAUCGUGCAUAUCCGCUACGAAUGUCAACUCUAUUCGUGUCAUUACCGAAUGGUUUGAACGACUGGCUGUAUCGUUUUGUCGGAAUGACGAAUAUAUUUUGCGCGAGUCAUGCGAAGAGGACGGGGCGGGGUAUAGCACAUGCGGCAUGCCUGCCGUGUCGUAUCGGCUGAACGACGACUGUACCCGCGACCUCGUGUUCAGCAUCCCCAGCUGUGUGACGUGGCGGAGAGGUCACGUCCACUAUGAUGUCUCGCUUGACGCCACGUCACCGCCAUACGUGUAUAUGUGCCGGGAUGGGUACCGUGUCGCUCCGAGCUCGCCAGUCGUCGAUAACCUCGAUCAGCCGAUGCACUGACUCCGGAAUGCUGUAUCGACUCGAGUCUACGACUGUAAUGCUGCACUGACUCGAGUCGACCGUCGAGUCCAGACAGAGUCGAGUCAAGUCGGUGGGUGAUGCGGUGUGAAAUGUGAAUCACCUGUGAUGUGAUUAUGUGACGACCGACCCGUACCUGGUAUCGCGGCGCAAAAUAUACCCGAUAAUCGCA